AGUUUCAUGUGAUGGCUUCACCUUUUUUGUGAUAUUACGACUCACAGAAUCGAAUCAUCUAAUAUCGCAAAAGUCCCGAAUCGCCAUCAUGCCAAGCUCAUUGCACAAGACGCGCAAACAAAUCGCAAAGAAGCGUAAUGGCAUUCCUACAGCCCUUCACGAAAAGUCGCGAGACUCGAUGCGCCUGCACAAGGCGACUAUCCGUGAUCAGCGCUUAGAGAAGUUGCACAGUGCGCGGAGUAAGAGGGAGCUGCCUAUCCUGGACAGAGCUGUGUACUUCCAGGAGAGUGCUCGCGAGGUCGAAGGUGGUGUGCUGGACAUGGAGACUGUCCAGAGGCUGAUCGAAACCUUUAUUCAUCAGUACGAAGAGGAAUAUAACACUAUCAAGAAAGAGCGUAGGCCUGGGCGUCCGGCCUCAUCGAAGGAGGACCUCCUCAAGAUCAAGAUUGCUGCGCUCAAAGAGGAGCACGAGAAAGGCUUCCAUAUUCCAGAUGUGAUGUCCGCGGAGAGCGCAAGGAAGCUGGACGAGUGGGAGGGCAACUGGACCUCAUUAACAGACGUCCCCUGGAUCAAGGUCACCACGAAUUGCCUCGCGAGACCAACUGAUUUCCCCUCCAAGGCUUUGGCUUGAGGACUGAGUCUCACUCGAAUCCGUCCGACAAACACCGAAUUUACGCCCUGAGCAUGCAAUGGACUUGGUGGUCGCUAUGGGCUUGUGCCGCGUCCUGCUAAGAUUACUUGUAUGGCAGCUCAAAACGGCGGCGCCUCCAGAUACGACGUAUCUCUGGUGGUCAGGACUCAGGUACCCCUACAACAUCUCUGAACAGCGCAGAGAUCGGACGCCCUUCGGCAGCUAGAGUCACAACGCACGCAACAACACAUGACGGACGGCCCCUUGUUGGACAGCAGCUGCAACGUGCCGGCGGAUAUGCAUAAUGAAGCGAUGAAACCAGAUGGAAUAUCGGAGCCCAUCAAUGGUAUAUCAUGAGGGCAUUUUGGCUUUUCCACACUGCUCCCAGAAUAAACCAGCAAGCGCGAGCGAUGAUUCAAAAUCUACUUGACCAGAUACUUUCAACGCAAUGUGCCAUUAAUUCAAUUACUUCAUCACUCGAA